CUCGUUGACCCGCUGGUACUCCAGAGUAAUUUUCCAGACCCCUAAUGAGGAACUGAUCCAUGGCUUCAGGGUUUGCUUACUGGCUGCGCUGCAGAAGUACUAUGAGGUGAACCACAACUUGCCAGAAAAGAUCGUGGUGUACAGAGAUGGUGUCUCAGACAGCCAGCUUAAAAUGGUGGAGCAGUACGAGAUCCCACAGUUGAUCAAAUGCUUUGAGACUUUCCCCAGCUACGAGCCCAAGCUGGUCUUCAUCGUGGUACAAAAGCGCAUUAAUACCACUCUCUACUCCUGGGCUGCAAACAGCUUCGGCACUCCCCCUCCUGGAACUGUCGUGGAUCACACCCUCACUCAGAAAGACUGGUUAGUCCGGGGCGGGGGGAUAACAGCAUGGUUCAAAAACACUUCAUUGUUGAUUUGGUGUCUCGCCAGGUUGACUUUCAAGAUGUGCCAUUUGUACUGGAACUGGCCCGGCACCAUUCGUGUUCCAGCACCCUGCAAAUAUGCCCACAAACUGGCUUUCCUGUCUGGCCAGUACCUCCACUCAGAGCCGGCCAUCCAGCUCUCAGACAAGCUCUUCUUCCUUUGAGUUCUUCUUUGCCUUGAUGCAGACGGCAGUUACCUGUUUUUAAUGACAACUCAUUUACUUUAAUGAGCGAUUC